CUUCAAGGCUGUCCCGCUUCCUGCUAAGCUCUCCUCGUUGCCAAGGUCAGCGACGCCAUACCUCAUCGGCAAUUCGUGACUUCUAAUGCGAUUUCUCGUCGACCGACCGGGCCACCGACCACUCAGAAUCGUCUCGUCGCGCACAAGGAUCAACCAGCAUGUCCCCUCAAACGCUCGAAUUCGCAUCUCCCAGCGCUCACGGCACGCCAGUCUACUUGACAGUGUGGGACUUGUUGCCGCCUUCUAGAUGGGCAAGCUUUGCCUACAAUUGUGGCUUCGGAGUGCUGCACACGGAUGUUUGGCUGCCUGAUGCUGCCACCGAGUGGGGUUACGGAGGGCACGAUGUUGCCUCUGUGACUGGCAUCUUUGCUCUGCCUCGUGACGGCGAGACAGGUAGACCAGAAGAUGGGUUGUCCAGGCUUGGCCCGCGCAAGAUCCCAGCACCCGGUCCUAGCCCGUUGCCGGACGCUCGAUACGUAGGUAGUUGGUUCAUAGGCUAUGCUGGGGCCCCAGAAGUAUCGCAUACGCAAGCAGAGCAGGCAUCGCAAAGCUCAGAUACUGGCGCUACUCCGUGCAUUCCAGCUGGUUCUCGGCUUGAUCGCCCGAACAAGGAGACGGGCAGGUGGGCAGCGCCUCAGAGCGGCUGGAGCGCGUACUUGGAACCUCGAGUGGGCGAAGCGGACGCAUCGACGGGCUCGGGCGGACGCCAACGGAGUGCAAGGCACAGAGGCGCUCGUGCACGGAGCUUAGCUUGGUCUCUCAAAGUGAUCAUGGAGAUGAAGGAAGACCCGCAGUAUUACGGCACCAACUACGAUCUACUGGCUCGCAACUGCAAUCACUUUUCAGAUGCCCUGCUGCAGAGGCUCACUGGUGCGCGACUACCCGGGUGGAUAAAUCGCGCAGCGUGGGUGGGUGCUGCCGUCACCUCGUUCAUCCCUCAAGGCUUGCUCGAAUUGCAGACAGGUGUGGAGCCGGAGGAAGGCGAGGUCUCCGAUGCGGAGGAUGUGGACGAGUCGUCAAGGCUAUCGCUGAUGAAGGAGGCAGUAAGCGAAGAGUCCAAAAUCGAUAUGAGCGCUUCUGCGGCCUCGUCAGCCGAGCCUCACAAGCAUACACCUGGCAUCUCCGAAGUCAUGAGUACCGUCGCCCAUGCAGAAGGAGCCGACAAGGCUGCUCAGGCCGCUCACGCCCCGGGCGCUGCCAAUAAGAGUAUCAAGGGCAGCGCAGGCAAGCUUUGAGCGCAGCAGUCUCCUCACAAUAUACCCAAGGUCGCAACAGAGGCAUUUGCAACGCUGUCUCCGACAAGCAAAUCAACUUAGAGAAAUUGCAGUUCGUAGUAUGGCAAUGACAGACGUACAUAGCGACGAAUGCGAGGCUAGAGUAGCUUAGUCGAACACAAUGACGUUCUUUGAGAAGGCAAUGGACACAAUAGUCAGUCAGGCAACUUCGCAAUGCGCUAGCCGAUGUCGAGGCAACUCACUCUGAACUUGGGCUUGCCGUUGAGCACGCCAUCAAGCGCGUCAUUCGCCUUGUCGAGAGGGAAUUUAUGCACCAUUGCCUUGACAUCUUCGGCCACGGAAAACUUGAUGGUC